CGACGUUGUUUUUUGUCUCACAGUUUUUGAAAGCGGGCAGUUUGACCGUCCACGUUUUUCGGCGCCGUUUAAUCUUAGGGAUAAUGGUAAAGUACUCGUGGGAACCCAAGGAUGAGGAUGAAGGUAAAACUUGCAAAGCAAGGAUCCCAUAUCUAAGGACCCAUUUCAAAAACAUGCAUGAGUGUGCUUGUGCAGUGAAGGGGAUGACUCUCCAGCGAGCUCAAACUUAUUUGAAAAAUGUCAUUGAGAAGAAAGAGAUUAUUCCUUUCCGACGAUUUAAUGGUGGCGUUGGUCGUCAUGCUCAGGCAAAAGUCUGGAAAACAACUCAGGGUAGAUGGCCUAAGAAGUCUGCUCAGAUGCUUCUUCAGCUUCUGCACAAUGCAUUCAGCAAUGGUGUAUACAAAGAUAUAAAAGGAGGAGAAGCCAGUCGUUUGUAUAUCAAACACAUCCAGGUCAACCAAGCACCUAAAAUGCGACGUCGUACUUAUCGUGCCCAUGGUCGUAUUAAUCCUUACAUGUGUUCACCAUGUCAUGUAGAAGUCAUACUUGCUACGAAAGAUGAUAUUGUCCCUAAGGUCCCUGCAGCUGCACCACAGUUAGUAAAGAAGAAGGAAUCUAAGAAAAAGAUGAAGAAACAACUAAUGAAGGAGAGUGCUGGUUUUUAAUUAUCUUAAUAUACAUGAUGGAUAAUUC